AUGGAUCGCAGACCACUUUUAGCCGUUCUAUUACUUGCGCUGACAUCCAGCGUACACGGAUGGAACUACGUCAAGAGCGGCGCGGACUGGACGGGUGCGUGUCAAACGUCGCGCGCGCAAUCGCCGAUUAACAUCGAGCCGUCGAUGGCGAUAAAGGGCAAGGACAAUCGCUUCCUCAACAUCAGCUACGCCCUCAGCAAAUCGCUCACCGUCUCUAACUUCGGCUUCACUGGAGGGGUGCAACCGCAAGCCGGCACGGAGAAUUUCAUGUACACGUCGACGGGCAAGUUCCGUUUGCUUGGCAUUCUUCUGCGCGCCACGUCGGAGCACACCAUCCUCGGCGCGCCCGCGCCGCUCGAGGCGCACUUUGUGCACGAAAAUGUCGACAACCCCGCAAAGGGCGCAAUCAUCUCUGUGAUGAUCGUGAUUCAAAAGAACAACGUCCGAAACCCGUGGCUCGACAAGUGGCUGCCGUAUGUGCCCAAGGCGGUGAACACCUCAGUGGCGGUGCCGGCGACGACCAACUUCAAGGAGGCGCUGAACGUCAAGUACGGCUUCUGGUACUACCGCGGCUCCACCACUUACCCGCCCUGCGCGCCCAACAUCGAGUGGUUCAUCCUCAAGCGCGGCCUCUACGGCUCCGUCGAGCAGAUCGAGGGCUACAUGAACCUGCUCGCUGCAUCCAGUGGUCAGCGUACCAACAACCGUCUUCCCAGGCCAAUCAACGGUCGUAGGGUCAUCUCAUACGCCAAGCUGCACAAGCCGAAACGGGUGUAG